UCCAUCGUGUCUUAAACCUUGCUGUGGUACCAGGCGUAUGCGUCGCGGCGCUCAGUCUCCUCGCGGAUCGUCAGUUUGAAAGGGUCGCUCGAUCUGUCCACUCUGCUGUCGCCGUUGUCGCUGCCCGUCCGAUUUUGCUUUCCGCUCGUUCUCGUGACCGGAUCGUUCUGACGUCGAUCCCAACUGCAGGUUUUCCAUCCCCGUGCUGUCACUGACGGGAGCACGCAACGGACGAGACGGAAGGAGUCGGGCGUUUUUCGACAAUUCACAAAGUGCCAUAUCGUAUGCGCGAGGUCGAGCGCGGAUAUACGGCGGCACACGGCGGCGAUUCUCUCGUAUUUGCAUACAUUGUGGUGGUGCGCGCGCGCGCGCGCGCGACAGGUUGGAAUUCGAAGGUGAGAGAAUCCUUGGCCGAUUCCACGAACGCGACGCUAGAGGGUCCGAGAGAAACUGAUCAGAAUCGUUCCAGCAUCCGAAGUAGGCAUACACGUCGUCGCGCGCGUCGGCCGUAGUAAAUAGCGCGGCAAUAAUCGGCGAAUGAUCCCGCGUCGGGCAUUCCGUCGCGUCGCGUCGCGUCGCGCCGAGCAGCAAAGAUACAAACGAGAAACGAAGGAGAAAGCACUCAACGAACGAUCGCAUCGAAAACUGUGAGCUCCUCCGCGCGCACUACUCGAUGGUGCGCGCGAAUCUCUCGAGGUUCGAGAGGGAGAGAGAGAGCGACCGAGAGAGGAGAUCAACGAAGAAGAAAAAUACGCAUCCGAACGAAGUAGACUCACGCUAAUCAGACGGCGAUUUGACGCCGGACAGCGGGAACAUUUUUAACGAACAUCAUCCAGAACGACACUAACGAGAUCGUUGAAUAAGUGUGUUGCGCGCCGGCGGCGAAUAGGCCGGUAGAAAAGUCGCGGAACUCGGUGUGUGUGCGCGCGCGCGCGCGCGCGCUCUGCCGGGUUACGAGCGUGUCUCUCUUAUCGGAGACGCGUGCGCGCGGGCCGGAAAGUUCUAGUGUGUGUCUCGGUUCCGCGGUCGCGUCCGUCGAGUGUGUGCUGCGCGCACAGUGUGUCAUGAUAGUUUCGCGUGACCGGGCAUGAACGUUGAAACCUAUACUACUCUCUACUUCGCUGGGACGGCCCGGGGCCCGGAGAAGGACAGGAUGUCGACCCAGGCCUACUACAAGGAGCGGCUCGGCUUCGAUCCGGCGGAUACCGUGGCCGAGCAUCAGCGCGAGCAACGUUCCCAGCACGGUUACGAGGAGUCCCUCUCCAAGUUCAAAGGUCAGAAUGCGAACGGAUUCCCGGAGGACGGUUCGGGACGGUGGUGCAAUGGCGAUGUCGGGGAACACCGCGCCGGCAACACCCAGGCUUUCUGGGGCUGCUGGGCGAUGUUCAUUGAGGCGCACGAUGAACGGGAUGCUAUACAGAAGAAGACCUUCACGAAGUGGGUGAACAAACAUUUGAAAAAGCAUUGGAAGUACGUCAAGACUUACACGUGCCUACACGUGUGCGUCCUUGUGAACAACCAACCGUGCUGUUCCCCCACCGCGAGCCGACAUGUCGGGGAUUUGUUUGAGGAUCUGCGCGAUGGCCACAAUCUCAUCUCCUUGCUGGAAGUGCUCUCAGGCGAGCACCUUCCACGGGAGAGGGGUCGAAUGCGUUUUCACAUGCUACAAAACGUGCAGAUGGCCCUCGACUUUUUACGCUACAAGAAGAUCAAGCUGGUCAACAUCCGGGCAGAGGACAUCGUGGAUGGUAAUCCGAAACUCACCCUCGGCCUGAUAUGGACGAUCAUCCUGCACUUCCAAAGAUGGCGACGAAAGAUAUCCGACAUUGUGGUGGGCCAAGAGCCGAAUGUGACGGCACGCGAAGCUCUGCUGAGAUGGGCCCGACGUUCGACCGCUCGUUAUCCCGGCGUGCGAGUGACCGAUUUCACCGGUUCCUGGAGAGAUGGCCUGGCUUUCAGCGCUCUUCUGCACAGAAACCGACCGGAUCUUGUUGACUGGAGAACAGCGCGUGCGAGCCAGCCGCGCGAACGGCUCGAUCGGGUCUUCUACGUCGCCGAGCGCGAGUACGGCGUUACGAGGCUUCUCGAUCCAGAAGAUGUUGACACCCCUGAGCCGGACGAGAAGUCCUUGAUAACGUACAUCUCUUCGCUCUACGACGUAUUCCCGGAGCCACCGGCCAUUCACCCUCUGUACGAUGCCGAGGCGCAAAGACGAUCCGCGGAAUAUCGUGAAUUGGCCAGUUCGCUUCACAUGUGGAUCCGCGAGAAGAUGGCACUGAUGCAAGAACGAUCCUUCCCGCCUACUCUGAUCGAGAUGAAGAAACUGGCAGCGGACAGCACAAAGUUCAAGAAUGAGGAGGUACCGCCGCGAUACCGAGACAAACAAAAGUUGACGUAUAUCUUCAGAGACUUGCAAAAGUACUUCGAAGCGGUGGGUGAAGUGGACAUGGAACCGGAAUUGCACAUCGAUGUCAUAGACAAAAAUUGGAAUCGCCUAAUAAUGUUGCAUCAAGAACGCGAGCAAGCCAUCAUAGACGAAAUUAAACGACUCGAACGCUUGCAACGACUUGCCGAAAAAGUACAUCGCGAGAUGAAAACGACCGACAACAGACUGGAAGAACUUGAGAGACGUGUGGAGGACGAGGCACGCAGACUCGAUCGCCUUCAUCCUCUGGAGGCGAAGCACGCGGUGGACCUGCUGGAACAGGAUAUACGCAAUACGGAAACUCAGAUACAGAAUAUAUUCACUGACGUGCACACUCUUACGGAGGGUAGAUACAGUCAGGCUGCCGAGCUUCACAAGAGAGUGCAGAAAUUGCAUCAAAGAUGGGUGGUGCUACGGUCUCUCCUGCACAGGCGUCUGGUGCAGCCAUUGUCCGCGGUGUCCUUCCCUGUGGAAGAGCGCGUUGUCACGAAACACCGCACCACCGUCCACGAGACCCGAUUGGUCGACACCAACCCACAUUUCCGCGCGUUGCACGACUGCAUAGAUUGGUGUAAGAGCAAGCUGAAGCAUCUACAAGAAGCGGAUUACGGUUCGGACUUGCCCAGCGUACAAAAUGAAUUGGAUGUGCAUCAUAGAGAGCACAAGAACAUCGAUCAGUUCCAGACUAAGGUCGACAAGUGCGUACAGGCGAAGAACAAUUUUCACGGCGAAGAGCUUACUCUGUACAGCCAGCAUCUCAGUACCUUGCAGAAGCUCUACGCCGAGCUGCUCGUCGUCUCGAACAAGAGACUCUCCGAUUUGGACACCCUGCACGAUUUUAUACAGUCGGCGACCGGCGAGCUGGUUUGGUUGAACGCCAAGGAGGAGACCGAAGUCACGCGCGAUUGGAGCGACAAAAACCUCAACGUACAGAGCAUCGAGCAAUAUUACGAGCAAACAUAUGGAUCUGGCGUAGAGUCAUUAAUGAGCGAUUUGGAGAAGCGCGAGAUACAGUUCUCGGCGGUGCAAGAUCGCGGCGAGGCGCUGGUCCUUCAGCAUCAUCCUGCGGCCAAGACCAUCGAAGCCUACAUGUCCGCGAUGCAGAGCCAGUGGGCUUGGCUGCUCCAGCUUACUCUCUGCCUCGAGGUGCAUCUGAAACAUGCCGCGCAGAACCAACAAUUCUUCAAAGACAUUCAACAAGCCGAGCAGUGGAUCUCCAAACGGGACGAGACACUGAACACCGUCUACUCGCAGUCUGACUUUUCGUUGGACGAGGGAGAGCGUCUCUUGAAGGGCAUGCAGGAAUUGCGCGAGGAGCUUAAUAAUUACGGUGAUCACGUACAGAGAUUAGCGGAGAGAGCGAAGGACGUUGUUCCCAUGAAGCAACGUAAACAGCCGGUUAUGCGACCGUUACAAGUGACCUGCAUCUGCAGUUACAAGCAAGUCAAUAUGUCCAUCGAGAAAGGGGAACAGUGCACGGUGUACGAUAAUUCCGGCAGGGUCAAGUGGCGCGUAAAGAAUACACAAGGUACGGAGACCCCCGUGCCAGGUGUUUGCUUCGCCCUGCAGCCGCCCGAUAAGGAAGCGCUUGACGCUGCUGAGAGACUGCGACGACAGUAUGACAGAAGCGUCGCUCUAUGGCAACGGAAGCAGCUGCGACUCCGACAGAAUAUGAUAUUCGCUACCAUCAAAGUGGUUAAAGGUUGGGACUUGCCACAGUUUUUGGCCAUGGGACAGGAUCAACGUACGGCUAUUCGAAAGGCGUUGAACGAGGACGCGGAUAAGCUGCUGUCCGAGGGAGACCCGGCGGAUCCGCAGCUGAGAAGACUGAAGCGAGAAAUGGCGGACGUGAACCGGCUGUUCGACGACUUUGAAAAGCGUGCCAGAGCGGAAGAAGAAUCGAAGAACGCCGGGCGUAUUUUCAACGAGCAGGCUUCCACGUUGCAACAGGUUCUCGACGAGGCCGAGAGAGUGCUGAACGCACGCAUAGCUGCGCCUUUACCGCGCGACCUUGACAGUCUGGAGCAUUUGGUGCUGCAGCACAAAGACUACGAGCAAAAUCUGCAGGGCCUGGCACCGGAAAUGGAGCAGAUGCAGCAAACGUUCCGUGGUAUUACCUUGAAGACGCCGGCGAUGAGGAACAAACUCGACAACAUAACGUCCAAGUGGAACCACCUGUGGAACUUGAGCAGCUUGUACAUCGAGCGGCUCAAGUGCGUCGAGAUAGUGUUGUCUGGCCUCGAGGAGAACACAGCAGCCAUAUCCGAAUUCGAGAUCAAGUUGGCCUCCUUCGGUGAGCUGCCGUCUGACGUGAAAGGCCUGCAGGUGGUGUUGGAGGACCUGAUGGUGCUGCAGAACGCUAUCGCCCAGCAGCAGGUGUCGGUGGACCAGCUGAACGACGACGCGCACAACGCCAGGCGUCUCGUCGAGAAAUCGCGACCGAAUCACCGCGGUCCGCAUGGCGACAUGGACCGAUUGGAUGCCGAGGUUAAUAAAUUGAACGCCCGGUGGACGAACGUUUGCGGACAACUGGUGGACAGACUGCGCAGCGCCGAGACGGCCUACGGAUUGGCGCAGCAGUACAGCACUUCGUAUCAGAACGAGGUGGACUUUGUCGACGAAUCCUACGGGAAAUUGGAGCUGGAGAACACCAAGAACUUGCUGAGCAAGGUGCUGGAUCGUGCGCCGGCGAUCGAGGCAGUGAACAUCACGGGCGGCAGAUUGAUCCGCGAGGGGAAGAUCUAUGGACAAAGGCUCAGAACGUUCAAAGAACAAUUGGAAGAUAUCUGCCCGUCGUUGGACGCGUCGGUGAAGAGGCCGCGAAGAGAUUCCGUUAUUACGGUCGAUAAUGUUGCUCGCGAUCUAGAUACGCUGAACCGAAGAUACACAACCCUCGUGAAUCUGCUUGAGGAACGGGUCAGACAGCUGGCGUUACUCCAUCCUGAAGACACUUCAUUGCAGCGUGUUCUUCAAGAACAAAGGCCACUGCGGACGUUCCGCACAGAGUUCAACAUCUACGAAAGCACCACUAGCGAGGAGCGUUAUACCUCCACAACCACACACUACACUCAGUCGCAAUAUACUUCGGAGCGACACGAGUCCACCGAGACAACGUUUUCGAGCGAUACCUCGAGGCGAAGUUACAGCGCGGAGCAGGCCGCCGCGUAUCGUCCUAAUGGCCACGAGUCCACGAGUCCUGCGAGUGCCGUUUCACCGGCAUCGGCGGCCAUCGACAUCGUCGCCGGCGGUGUCCUCAAGCGCUCGCACGAGACCGAAACCACGAAUCACCACACCAUCUCCUCCUCCUCUUUUUCCUCCAACGGCGGCGGCGGCGGCGGCGGCGGCGGCGGCGGCGGCGGCGGCAGCGGCGGCAGCGGCAGCGGCAGCGGCGGAUUGCAGUUUAGCAGUAACGAGCGAGAUGGUGGUGUUAGGCGGAUGAUAGUACCAGCACCGAGGGUGACACCAUCCGCCGAGGAGGAGGACGACGGAGUUGUCGACGCGGAGAACGUGAUUGACGUUAGGGGUAUCGUAGAUCCGAGCAGCGGCGAGAUGUUGACCGUAGGCGAGGCGAUCCGGCGGCGGAUCCUCGACGUUAGGAACGGUAGGAUAGUGACGUCCAACAACGGCAGGUCUUCGUCGUCGAGUAUGACGAUCGAGGAGGCGGCGCGCGCCGGUCUGGUUGAUGCGGCGUUGGCCAACCGGCUGUUAGGUCCCUGCGGGGUGAACGACGACGACAAGGAGGGUGGACGACGAGGGCGGCGGGUGCUGUCGCUCCUCGAGGCGAUCCAGCGGGAACUGUGCGACGCCGAGCGUGCCGACACCGCGGAUCGAGUAAAGGUAACCACCACGACGACACGCCGUAACGACGAGCGUGCCGACGAUGCGAGCACCGCCAACCUAAUCACGGGGACUAGCGUUGUCGAUGCGAUGAGAGAGGGCUUGUUGGACCCGGCCACGGGCGAGGUGGUCGUCGAGAACGGCGAGCGAAUCUCGAUCGAGGAGGCGUACACGCGCGGUUACCUUACCAAGGUAGACGUGACCGUCCGGGUGAGUCGUAACGCCGUCGCGCUGUCCGACGCGAUUGCGCAGGGUCUCGUGGACGAUCGGUCCGGCCGCGUCACCGACCGCGUCACCGGCGAGUCCUACCCGCUGGACGAGGCGGUCGGCAAGGGUAUCGUCGACGCGAACGUUAAGGAGGUCGUAGACACGCGCAACGACACCAAGGUGACGGUGGCGGAGGCCAUCGAGCGUGGCAUACUGAACGCCAAGAGCGGCCGGUACAUGCACGGCCUGUCGAUGGAGAAGCUGCCGUUUAAAGAAGCGCGUCGCCGCCAGCUGAUCGUGAAGCCGAUGACGCUCAAGGACUGCUGCGACCUCGAGAUCAUCGACGACAACGGCAUGAUCGCCAGUCCGACUCAUCGCGGCAAGUUGACGAUAGCCGAGGCUAUGUCCCGCGGCGUCUUGGACUCCGCCAACGUCAAGUCCAUAGUCGACACUCGCACCGGCGAGAUGGUCACGUUAGCCGACUCAUUGAACAGCGGCAUUAUCCGAGACGACGGCACGUAUCGCGACACUCUCGGGGCCGUGGAGUAUCCUAUUUCACGAGCCGUAGAGAAGGGCCUCAUCACGUCGGUGACGCAGAAGACCAUCUUCGACAUCGACGGCUUCAAGGAUCCGGUCUCCGGGGAGUACGUAAGCCUGAACGCGGCUCUGCUGAAAGGUCUGAUCAGCCCCAAGUCCGGCGGUACUUUCACCAUCGACCUGUCCGCCGGCGCGGGCGAGACCGUGUCGCUGAGCGAAGCGGAGGAACGCGGCGGAUACGUAAGACCGGAGGUAGCGGAGAUGCUGAAUCGCGGCAUCGGCGUCAUCGAGAACGGACGCGAGGUGAGCGUGUUGGAGGCUGUGCUGCUCGGACUGCUCGAUCCUAAAUCCGGUCAGCUGUUGGAUCCGCGCAGCAAGAGGACAGUGCCGUUGGAGGAAGCGAUCAAGCGCGGGCUCAUUACGCCCGACGGUGCCGCACUGCUCACCAGCCUGCUGAACAUUGCCGUCACCACGCAGACCGUGACGAGGACCGUCAGGAGGUACGUCACGACGAUGGAGGCCGGCGAGGUCACUACGAGAGAUCACUGCGAGAUGAGCUACGAGGAGGAGGAGGAGGAGGAGGAGGAGGCGGCGGCGGCGGCGGCGGCGGCGGCGGCGCCUGUGUCGAUCGACAAGGAUCGACGAGCAUCAGACAGCGAGUUACGGACUGUCGCGGACGUGGAUGCGGACGCGACGAUAAGAGUCGAGAGCAGCGGCGGCGAGCCUAUCGAGGAGCGGAGCGGCGAUGCGGUGGCGGCGGCGGCGCACUCGUCUCGAGAACGCCGCGCCAAGUGUUACGAAAGCAGCAGCAGCAGCACCACCACUCUCACGGCGGCGGACGUUGACGACGUGCUCUCACAUCGUAGAUCACACGGCGGAUCACCGCCGAGGGCGAUCGGAACGGUCACCACCGUCAUUACCAAGGACAUCACUCCGCGAGCGUCUUCCACGCCGACGAAGCAGUCUUCCGUCACGAUGACGAUCGCGCCGUCGUCAUCGACGGCCGUGCGCAACGUCGUCGCCCCUGUUCCCGUUUCUACGAGAGACUCGAGCCAUCGAGCCAUCAAGGACUCAGUCACGAUAGUCGCGAGAGUCGGCGAGUCGGCGGCCGAGUGGAUCGGUUCCGAGAUUACGUCGAAAUCGAAGUCGAAAUCGAGCUCGUGCGAGUCCGAGUGCGAGUACGAGGAAACUCGCGCGGAUGCUGCCGAGUCGUCCAAGUUGUGGUGCCACGACGGAGCGACGAAGGAAGGGAAGAUUCCAGUGUCGAUUCCAGCCACCGUUGGCUCGUCGCUCGCGGAGACUGCAAGAUCCGAGAAGGAGCGUGCUUACACCACCGACAAGAGGGUGUUCGAAUUGCCCGCGGAUGGCUGGGCGCUGUCCGAAGCCAUCGAUAGGAAACUCUUCGAUCCCACAACAGGACUCUUCAUAAUCCCUGGCACUGACAGAUUGGUCUCCUUCGAGGAAUGCGUCAAGCUUCAGAUCAUCAAUCCGAAUUCCGGUUUUGUCAUCGAUCCCAACAACGGCAGAAAAGUGUCGCUGGUGCGAAGCUUGGAGAAGAACAUUCUGGACUCGACGGGCCACUACAGCUAUCCGCAAAAGAUCUCGAUGAAGGAGGCGAUCGCGGACGGCCUGGUCAUAUUGGAAGAUGGCACGAGCGCGGACAACGACAGCGCCGCCAAUCAACGACUCCUUCAGAUCACGAGGGUGUCCGGUAAGCCGGACGUCGUGAAACUGACGCGUGCCGGCGAUCCUUCCGGCGAGCAAACGGAGAUCAAGACCACCGACGAGAUCUCGAUGCCGGAUCCCGUGCAGGUGACUCAAGGAGUGAUUUACGACCCGGGGACGGCUCUGGUGAUCUCCACGAAGACCGGCAAAUCGACGAGCCUCUUGACCGCCGUUUCCGACGGCACGCUGUCGCCCGCCGCUGUGAUCGUCAAGGAUCCAACUACGGGCAAGGACAUCGGCAUGGCGGAUGCCGUGAAUCGCGGUAUUCUCGAUCUGAAAGCGCGCGAGUACAGGAUCGACGACCGCAGGAAGAUCUCGCUGCUGGAUGCGACGAAAUUCGGCGUGGUGUCCGUGCUCGGGGCCCCUCUUGCCGCUGCGACGGCCGCCGUGGAAGCGGUGCAGAGAACGAUGGUGAAAGACCCGACGACCGGUAAGAAAGUACCGAGGGAGGUCGCGAUUGAACGCGGCAUCGUGCCAAAAACGCCGGAUGCAAGCCUGCCAGUUGUCGUCGAAUUCACUAGCGCUAGUGCCGGUAGUACUCCUGACGCCGAUGAAGCCGAGGACCUUGCCCUCUCGCGAACUACACGCAUAGCACACGAGGACGAGCCCGACGAGACAUCUCCUCCGCCCGGAGGAGGAGGAGGAGGAGGAGGAGGAGGAGGAGGAGGCGGCGGCGGCGACGACGACGGCGACGGCGACGGCGGCAGCAGCGGCAGCGGCGCGAGAGAUGUCAGUCCAACGAAAUUCAGCAGUGACUCGCCGGAUCGCCGUGAGAGUUUAGGUACGGAGACGAGAGCGCGAGUGACGGUCGAGCCGAGGUAUCAGGUCACGAUCGGCAAGGCGCGGACCGUUCCGUCGCAAAGUCCCGAACGCGGCGAGGCGAGGGCCAUUGUCCUGCAGAAGAUGCGGAAGCGGAUAGUGAAGGUCGAGGAGGCGCUACAGCGCGGUCUGAUCGACGUGGAAACGGCGGACACCUUCGCCCGAGAGAUGUGCAACGAGAGAGGCGAGCCGAUCACGCUCUCGGAGGCUAUACGCGUCAGUCGGAUCGACGCCGAUCAAGGGCAGAUCGUGGAUCCUCAGCGCGGCGACGUGCUCAGCAUCAAGCAGGCCAUCGAUCGCGGUAUCCUGGAUUCGGAGAAGGCGCACAUACUGGUACCCUUGGCGAAGAGCCUGUCCGUGCACAGUUUGUACCGGCAGGGCUUGUUGGAGCCGUUGGAAGGUAAAAUUGUCCAUCCCGAGACGGGAGCGCACCUCACCCUCAACGAGGCCAUAGUGUGCGAGAUCGUGGAUCCUCUGUCCGACCUGAUGUUCACCGUUGACGGUCGCACGGAGACGCUGCAGUCCGCGAUCGCGAACGACACGAUCGACGCGGACAGGUCGCUGGUGAGGACUCAGCGCGGCAGCGUGAACCUAGUCAAGGCGAUAGAGAGCAAGGUGUUCGAGCUGAAGGAACCGACCGGGCCCUACGCCGCCGAUAUACCGCCCGCGGGCAUGACGUUCCCCGUCGCGUUGAAACGCGGCUUGAUAGAUACGAGCAGGAAAGAAGUGCGUCACCCGAUCACCGGGGAACACCUGCCGUUGGAGGACGCCAUAAGCGGGGACUUUAUCAUGGCGUUGCCCUAUCCGGUGGCUCCCGACAGUAUAGAGAUCACCAAGGCUCUGGAAACCGGACUGAUCGACCGGGACAACGCCGUGUUCUUUCAUCCCACCACCGGGACUCCGAUUCCCAUAGCCGAGGCCGUCGAGUCCGGCCUGCUAAUCGUCAAACCGCCGGCCGACGGCGAGAACGCGGCGACAGCCGCCAUCACCGAGACUGUCACGUCGUACCACACCAUCACGACCAAGACCGUCGAGCUACUGCCGGGUUACGCGUUGAGGAGCGCAAUGGAGGUGCAGGAUAUCAAUACCGGCGGUAUUAUCGCCAUCGACGAGGCGCGACGAAGGGGCAUCAUCAAGGACGAGUCGGAGAGCAAACAGGAAUUCACUACGAAGGACAUCAAGAUGUCCUUCGAUCGCGCGGUCGAGAGAGGACUCGUGGACAUGGAGACCGGCAUGUACACAAAUCCUCGCACCGGUGUCACGAUGCCCAUUGACAGGGCCGUUGAGGAGGGGAUACUCGACACUACCGCCGCCACCGUCACCGAGAGCGGCGGCGAUCUAUCGACCGGCGGAGGAAGAUCCCGACAGUUCAACAGCGGCAUGACCGUGCUGGAGGCGGUCGAGCAGAUUUACGACGAGAGGACGGGAACGUUCAACGAUCCCGAGACCAAUGAGUCUUACAACUUGAUGGAAGCGAUGAGGGUGGGUCUGAUCGAGCCCGAUUCUGUUCUCUAUAACGUGAGGACCAAGGAAUCCAUCACUACCAGAGAGGCCGUGGAGAAGGGUCUGCUCGAUCCCGACACCGGAAAGAUGAACACCGUGCGCGAUCAGAAAGACCAGCCGAUCAGCAUAGCGGAAGCGACGAAGCUCGGUCUACUGGCGGUAGUCGCCGCCGCGCCAGUACUCGCCGGUCGAGCGGUGGUCGACGCGAUCGCGAGCCGUAGAGUAGCCGCCAACGGGUCCAAGCCGAGCAGCGUGCCACUACCCGCUUCCGCGGAGGAGCGACCAAGUUCACCCGCGGCGAGGAUCUCCUCGGCCAAAGCAUCCGUCCGAAGCGUCCGAACCCCCCGUCGAACCGCCGCGUCACUUGUUCGACCUGUCGACGCUUGCGACACGCUUGAGACGCCUGUCUCUCAGCGGGAGAGCGGGAUACCUAGCGCCGAGGUAAGGGCGCCGCGGGAGCAGCAGGCAUCUUCGACAGCGGACGCAGGAGGAGUGACUGUCUCACGAUCGCCUCAGCCAGGAGAAUACGCGCAGCAGCAGCCCGCUGCUGUUGCUGUUGCUGUUGCUGCUGCUGGUGCUGGUGCUGGUGCUGCUGCUGCUGGUGCUGGUGCUGGUGCUGGUGCUGGUGCUGGUGCUGGUGCUGCUGGUGCCGUUGCUGGUGCCGCUGCUGGUGCUGCUGCAGCCGUAGCCGUUGGCGAGGAUGCACCUGACUGCAAACGACUGUCUUCGCGCGAGAGGCGAGAGGACAUUCUGCCCGAGGCAGAGACGAACGAUGACGACGACGAGAGGAUGAAGGAAAUCGCGGAGGGAAACGCCGCCGGACAGGUCUCGGUAGUGAUCACGAAGGAGCUGUCGCCUCAGAUACUCGCGCAGCUCGGCGUAUUUGACCCCGUGAGGGAGAAAUUUUUGGAUCCGGAGACAGGUAUCGUCACUUGCUUCAACGAUCUGGUCUUGAACCUCGGGGUCUUCGAUCCUGACAGAGUGUUCGUCAAGGACCUGUCGUCGGACUCGUACGUGCGGCUGCGCGAGGCGAUCGGCCGACCUCUCGUGGACCGUAAUGUCGCCUAUAUGGUCGAUCCGAAGUCCGGCAAGAAGAUACCGUUCUUCGAGGCGGUGCGUCUGGGAUGGAUCGUGCAGGAGGCACCGGCGGAGGACGACGAUGAGGCUCGGGAUGAGACCGAGCGGCCGACGCGGCGGGAUUCGCUGCCGUUGAGUUUGCAGGAAGCGAUCGACGCCGGUGUGUGCAAUCCGGUCACGGGGACGAUUCUGGAUCCCAGAUCGGGAGAAGCGUUGGCCAUGAGCGAAGCCAUCGACACGGGCGUCAUCGAUGCCGACGUGCUCGGCGUCAGGAAUCCGAUCACCGACGAGAUCGUGCCGCUGACAGAGGCAUUGGAGACCGGCAUGGUGGAUCUUGCCAAGGGCGUCGUCAUCAGCGCGGAGACGAGGACGGAAAUCGACAUCACCGCCGCGUUCCUGCGGGGUCUGAUCGUGCCUACCUCUCGCAAGCCGAUCUCGCUGGAAGCCGUUAUCAGGAAGGGCUUGUACGACGCCGACGCGGGGACAAUACAGGAUCCACUGACCAAACUGCCGAUCGACAUCGAGGAGGGCGUCCGCAGGGGUGUCGUCGACGCUUUCAUCACCGAGGUCCAGGACACGAAGGCCGGAUCAUCCGUCUCGCUGGACGACGCGCUGACGGUGAACCUGCUGGAUCCCGGCACGGGUCGUUUGCGUGACACCAAGGCGGGAGAACUCUUACCUUUAGACGUAGCGCUCGAUAGAGGCUUAAUUAUUACAACACCGUUCGUGCCUUCGCUGAUCGACGCGAUCGACCAGGAAUACUACUCACCGAAGACCGGCUUCGUACUGAAUCCCAUGACGGGCGAGGAUCUGACGUUGAAGGAGGCGUUGGACGUCGGCUAUGUCGACGGCGCCACGACGGUGGUGAGAGACGACCGGAGAGACCGUGUGAUCUCCUUGGACGAGGCGCAAGAGAGCAAACUGAUAGACCCAGUCAGAGGUACGCUGACGUAUCCGCACGCCAUGACGCUGGACAUCGCCUUUGAGAAGGGUUACAUCUUGAGCACCGUAAAACCAUGGACGUUGCAGGAGGCUCUGGCACUUCAGGUCUACGAUCCCGAGUCCGGCACUUUUAACAUCGACAGAAACAGCUAUACCCUAGAGGAGGCGGUCGAGCAGGGCUUUAUCAGCAAGGACGGUCCGUCGAUCAGGGACCCGCGAAACAGCGACAUCAUAUCGCUAGGCGACGCCAUUAAACACGGCUUCAUCAAUGCGAAGACCGGCACGGCCGUGGACCCGUGUACCAGCAGCAGCGGCGGCGGCGGCGGCGGCGGCGGCGGCAGAGGCGGCAGCAGCAGCAGCAGCAGCAGCAGCAGCAGCAGCAGCGGUACGGCCCUUUCGUUGACCGAUGCGUUGGAUCGUGGCUUCAUAGUGCCGGCAAAACGCAAGAUAUCCCUGCCGGAGGCCGUGUUCAAGGGUCUGUACGAUCCUAAGACCGGGCAGUUCACGGUGCCUGACACGCAGGAGAAACUUCCUACCGAUCGUGCGAUCAAGAUGGGCGUGAUCGACGCAACGACCGCGAUCGUGCGGGAUCCUAACGGCGACGUGAUAACGUUCAACAAGGCCAUCAAAACGUCGAUAGUCGACCCCAAAACCGGAACGGUCAGCCACGCGAGAGGACCGCCCGUGGACUUUCAUGAGGCGCUGGAGCGCGGCCUGUUGCUCGAGACUAGAAGACCCAUGAGCUUCAGCGAGGCGAUCUCGAAGGGUAUCCUCGACGACAAGAGCAACAAGUUCCUGGAUCCGCAGACGGGCGUUUAUCUAACGGUUCUCGAAGCUAUUCAGAGCAAUCUGAUUGACGCCGACUCGGUCACCGUCAAGGAUACAACUGGUAGAUCCAACUGGGUGUGGAAAACGAUGACGCUGAGGGAGGCUAUACGGCUGGGCUGUGUGGACGGCGUUACCGGUUACCUCAGAGAUUCUAACAAGGGCAACAGAAGCGUGUCUCUGAGAGAUGCCUUCGAGUCCGGCCUCAUCGUCGACAGUAGGGCCGCCGUGUCUGUGCAACGCGCCAUUCAUCAAGGACUGUAUGACGACAACACUGGCAAGAUCACCGAUCCUAGCACGGGCAGGGCCGUGACGCUGCACGAGGCGAUGAGAAAGUGCGUCAUCAGUCCCACGUUGCCGUGUUACUGGGACAAACGCGGCGAACGGCUGCUGUCGUUGGCGGAAACGUGCCGUGCCGGUGUGAUAGACAGACGCACCGGCAUGUUCAAGGAACCGGCGGGCGCCGGUUGUCCGGUCUCGUUGUCAGUGGCGCUGCAACUCGGCCUGAUCGUCGACAUCGAGAGCAUGGGCUUCGGCCUGUACGAGUCGGUACUGAUGAACAUGUACGACGUCGGCACGGGUAGGUUCGCGCACCCGAUCAACGGCCGCAAGUUGACUCUGGCCGAGGCAUGCCAGGUGGACCUGAUCAAUCCUCUGACGUCGAUCGUCAAGUGCACCAAGUCGAGCAAAUACAUGCCGCUGGCCGAGGCGAUCACCGCCGGCAUCGUCGACGACAUUCGCGGCACGUACGUGAUCCGCGAGCUCGAUAGGACUAUAAAUCUGCUGGACGCCACGAAGAAGGGUCUCGUCGUCACGUCGAGAAUGCCGUUGUCGAUCGAGGAAGCGGUCAAGUAUCGGCUCUACCGCGGCGACAGCGGCAAGUUCGCAAAUCCCGUCUCGAACGAGUACCACGACUUGCUUCAGGCGAUCAACUGCGGCCUCGUAGAUCCCGACACUACCGCUUUGAAGGACGCGACAACCGGGCAGAUCAGGUCACUGUUGGCCGGCAUUGAGGACGGCACGGUCGACGUAGUCCGCGGCAGGAUACUGGAUCCCAAAACGACUCGCGCCUUUAAUAUCGACGUCGCGUUGGAACGAGGUCUGUUGGUGACGAUAGACAAACCCCUGGCGCAACAGUCGGCGCAUGUAACGCCUUUGGACGCGUGGCCCAAGGCCGGCCCCGGCCCCGGCCCCGGCCCCGGCCCCAGCGAUCGAAGCGUUCGGGAAUGCACAUUGGAAGAAGCGAUCAAUUACGAGCUGGUCGAUCCGAACACGUCGGUAGUACGAGACUCCAGAACCGGCCGAUUCGUGACGACGGCGCGCGCGAUAGCCGACGGUAUCGUGGAUGCCUCCGUUAGGGGCACCGUCGAGCUGAAGAUCGGCGGCGGCGGCGGCGGCGGCGGCGGCAAGAGAGAGCCACGUUUCCUGCGUUUCGGAGAUAUCACCGUGUUCGUGAGGGAGCCUGUUGCGUUCGAUGUGGCGAUCGAGAAGGCGUAUCUGUCCUUGGACUCGGGCAAAUUUACGGAUCCGGUGACGAAUGAGCAAUUAAUCCUGAAGGAGGCGGUCGGUCUCGGUAUCGUGGAUUCGGAUUCGGCGUUGAUCAAAGACUCGCAGAAGAGGAAACUGGUAAAGUUGCCGGAGGCUUUCCGCAAGGGCAUGAUGGACGCGGAGAAGGGCAAUGUGUUGGACACGGCCACGUCCAAAUUGUACAGCCUAUCGCGAGCGCUGGAGAUCGGCCUAUUGAUCACACCGCGAAACGGCGUCUCGUUCAUCGAGGCGCUGCAAUUCGGUCUCUACAAUCCCACCACGGGCGGCUUUCACGAUCCCUUUGUAGUCACUUCCGUGUUAGAUCGCAGGCGUCUCACGCUGGCGGAUGCGAUCAACUCGGGCCUGAUCGAUCCGUCCACCACCGUGAUCAGAGAUCCCUUUACGGGCGAGAUUGCGAGUCUGUUAGAGGCAGUGAAUAGCGGGAAGGUAGAUUCCGUAGGUGGCAGGUUAGUCGAGGAUACGGACGGCAAGAGUAUCGACUUCGUGAAGGCCCUGGAGCGUGGUUAUAUACUCGCCGCAGAAGCCAGGCAAGCGGUAGAGGAGAAGUAUAAGCUGUGCGACGAGACGUUGUCCAAGCUCCUGCAAUGGAUCUCUGUGGUCGAGGACAAGCUGGCGAAUCAGGACACUGUCAAAGAGGACGUCGAGGAAUUGAGGAAGCAGAUACUUGCCAUGAAAGAGAUAAAGGAGGAUCUUGAGACGCACAAUCGGCCCAUCUCAUCCUGCUUGGAUCAGAUUCGGCAGGUCGUACUAACCGGCAGCAAUGUGCUGUCCAGUGACGAAGUGUCCACAUUGGAGAAGAACGGUCGGUCAUUAAAGACUCGAUUCGACAAAGCACUGGACCGCGCUGAUAAAUUGGUGAAGCGCCUCACCGGCGCCAGAGACGAGCUAACGAAAUUCAAGAACGAGCUCACGACCUUCUCGAUCUGGCUGGAAAAGGCUCAGAGUGUACUCGAGGAUAAAGAGCGUUCCUUAUCCGACCUGAACAAACUGAACAGCAGCACAGACACCACGCGCGACUUCAUCAGCGAUGUGAUCGCUCAUCAGGCGGACCUGAGAUUCAUCACGAUGGCGGCGCAGAAAUUCGUCGAUGAGAGCAAAGAGUAUCUUCAGGUUCUCAAUGACUUUAGGACCAGCCUGCCCCAGAGACUACCGCACAAAGAGCCCACAGCCAGCCAGGACUCGCCGGUACGAGCCGAGGUGUCCACCGCGACGGCACGAUACAAGGACCUGCUGUCCCGUGCGAAUCUGCUGUCGGAUAGGCUGUCAGGAGUUGGCGGCAAACAGAGGGAUUAUCACGAUUCCUUGGAGAAGGCUAGAGCAUGGUUGAGAGACGUCGAGCCCAAGGUCCACAGAGUUAUCUCCGAGCCGGUCGCUGCCGAGCCGAAACAAGUGGAGGACCAGUUGAGCAAAGCCAAGGCGUUGAACAACGAGUUCCUCGCCAACGAACGUUUAGUCGACAAUGCCAAGCACAGCGUCGAGGCUUUGUUGCAUUCGUUGGAGGGCCAGCUGAUGAUCAACGAAGCUAACAGCCUCGAGGAACCGGUAAAAGCGUUGGAGGACAAGUACAAGCAGCUUAGCAACGCCUUGGCCGAGAAGUGCCAGGAACUCGACACGGCGCUAGUGCGAAGCCAGGGUGUGCAAGAUGCGUUGGACGGUCUCGUGGCAUGGCUGAACAACGUGGAAAGUCAGUUCAAGUCGCUUCAACGUCCAGCGAGUUUGCAGAAGGAACGCUUGGAGGAGCAACAGAGGGAACAGCGAUUGCUCCAGGCGGACUUGGAUAGCCAUCGUCUGAGCGUAGAGACGAUCACGGCGAAUGCUCAGGACCUCCUCAUGAACUCGAGCAACGUUCGCAUCGCCAAACGCAUCGAGAGCAAGCUGAAGGACGUGCAAAGCAGAUUCGAGAAACUGAUGGACAAGUCGCUCAGACGCGGCGAAUUCCUCGACGAAAUAGCGCAAGCUCUGAACGAGUUUCUCGGGGAUGUGUCCAGGUUUGAGAGCUGGUACGCUCACACGAUGGAGGCGCUUGACUCGAGGGACCUCGGCAAGUUCGACGUGUCGGACUACGAGAGCAAGAUGGCUCGGCUGAUAGACACGCGCGAGGACCAGCGCGGCAACUUCGAGGACCUCGUGCGUAAUGGAAAGAAUCUGAUCGCCAAGAAGGACAUAACCGAGGCCGGCGCGAUCCGAGACAAGAUCAAGGCGCUCGAGUCCCAGUGGAAGGAGCUGAACAAUCUUCUCGACGAGAAGCAACGGCUGUGCAAGUCGCGAGCGGAACAGCACACGGCGUACGAAAAGCUGCGGGACCAAGUGCUCGACUGGCUCAGCCGCACGGAGAACAAGGUGCAGGGGCUCGAGCCGGUGGCUGUGGACCUGGACAAGCUCAAGAUGCAGCAGGAGGAACUGAAGCCGAUACAGAAGGAGUAUCGCGAUUACGGCAAUACGGUCGACAAGAUCAACGAUCUCGGCAUCGCUUACGACAGCUUGAUGAAGGAACGCGGCGAGAGUCCGACGCGUCGUCGCGGUAGCACCAGCCCGACCAAGAGACCACCACCAGUACUGCGAAUAUCACAAGACGGUCGCUCGCCGUCGCCCACUAAAUCCUACACGGUUCAAAGUCCGGUCUCCCCAGGUGGUAGCAGUGGGUUCAGCAGUCGGCGCUCGAGCCAAGACGGCUUCCAUCUGGAAGAUUUGUCGCCGGUUCAACAGCAGCUUUCGGAGAUCAAUCACAGAUACGGACUGCUCGGCGUCAGGCUGACGGAUCGCCAGACUGAAUUAGAUAACAUUAAGGACGAAUUGAAGAGACACUCGGAACACUUGAAAGUGCUCUCUCAAUUUCUGGACAAGAUACAGCGGCAGUUGCCCAAGGAGAGUAUGCCGGCUACCAAGGACGACGCGGACAAAACGGCCAAGCAGGUCAAGCUUCUCGUCGAGGAGAUGUACGAGAAGCAGUCCCUGUUGGACAGCACCCGGACGCAGGUGCGCGAUUUGGUCAGGCGUAAGAAAGGAGCGGACGGUGUCGACAGGCUGAACGAUGAGAUGGAGGAUGUCGUCAGCCGAUGGAGAUCGAUAUCGGACAGAUGCAAGGACAGAAUCAAAUUCCUGGAGGACAUCAAAGAUCUGUACGACACAUACGAGGGUCUCAAUUCCUGGCUCGGCGCCAAGGAACGCAUGCUCGGUGCACUGGGGCCCAUCUCGUCCGAUCCUCGCAUGGUCGCGAGUCAAGUGCAGCAGGUGCAGGUGCUGCGGGAGGAAUUCAGGACGCAGCAGCCGCAGUUGGAUCACCUGGUGCAAGUCGGCGAGAGUGUCCUCGUCACGGUGACCGUCGAUUCGCCAGACGGGCAGAAGAUCAACGUGAAAUUGCAGAGCAUUUUGCAGAGGUGGGCCGAUCAGGUCGGCAGAUUGGACGAGAGAGCGCAGAGUCUGGGAGACGCCGUCGACACUAGUCGCGAAUUCGAUGCCAGUCUCAAUCGGCUACGAGAUGCCCUGCAGGGGAUCUCGGAUAACCUGGACGAGUUGACCCUCGAGAAGGAUCCCGAGGAGCAGCUACGUAAGAUCGAGAACCUGGAGAGGCAGCUGGAAGGACAGAGACCACUGCUAGCUGACGCGGAGAUGGCCGGUGCGCAACUGUGCGAGAUUCUGAGCGACCCAGCAUCAAAGUCCGAGAUUCAAGGAAAGCUCGCUGUGCUGGGCAAGUUGUACAACAAUCUGCAGAAGAAGUUGGACCACAGAAAGGCCGAAAUCGAAGGUAAUCUUCGGGACGGCAGGCAAUUCGAGGCUUCCUGCAGCCGAACUCUCGGAUGGCUCGCGGAUGAAUUUGGCAACAUGUCUGAGAAGCUGCUGGUAUCCGCUGACAGAGACAUUUUGCAGCAACAACUCGACCAUCAUGAGCCCGUGUAUCGAAAUGUGAUGGGCAAGGAACACGAAGUCAUAAUGCUGUUGAACAAAGGACGCGACAUACUCGCGCGAUCGCAAAAAGUUGAAAAUCGUUCUCUGCAACGCGACCUGGAUAAGAUGCAAUCGCAGUGGGACCGUUUGAAGAAGGACACCGUCGAGAGACACACGAGAUUGCAGACCUGCGCGGAACAUUGCAAGAAAUACUACAAAGCUCAAGAUGUGUUUCUUCCAUGGCUUCGUCAGGCCGAGGAUAGAUUGGACAGCUUGAUCCCAACCUCAUUCAGACGCAAGGACAUUGAGAAGCAGCUCAAGGAACUGUCGUCGUUCAGGAACGAGGUGUGGAAGCAUUCCGGAGAAUUUGAGAAUAACAAGACGCUCGGCGAGACAUUCGUCGGAGCUUGCGACAUCGACAAACAGAAUGUGAAGAAUGAGCUUGGCGCCAUGAAGACCAGAUGGGAUAAAUUGAACAAUGAUUUGCUAUCUAGAACACAGUCUUUGGAGGAUACCGCGCGUCAUUUGAUGGACUUUAACGAGAACUUGCGCGACUUGCAGCACAGCUUACAGCGCUGCGAGGAUAAGUUAGCGUCGCACGAUGCUCUUGGUGGCGCGGCUAAAGAUCCGAAACUUCUCGACAGAAUAAGGAAUUUGCGAGAAGAAACGACGAGCUUGAAGAAACCGUUGCAAUGUGUGAGACAGCAGGCUAACGAUCUCGUAAACAAAGCCAGCGAACAAGGUGUUGACGCGUCACACCUGCAAGACGAAAUUGACAACGUCACGGAUCGCAUCAACGAUUUGCAAGCGAAACUGGACGACCGGUGCAACGAGUUGCAGAGUGCAGCGACCGCCGUCGCGCAGUUCAACGAUCAGGCCAAGUCGAUUAGUCAACAUCUGUCCGCUCUGGAGAAAGAUCUGGACUCGAUGAAGGCACCCGGCAGGGAAAUCAAAAUUGUGCGCGGCCAAUUGGAGGAUAUCGCCAAAGUUGUCGGCAAGAUCAACAAACUCUACGAAGAGAUCGGUGAUUUGGAGAGUCGCGGCGAACGUCUGGUCGAUUAUGGUUUCGCCGCCGACGCUAUGGCAACCAGAGACCAGGUUGAAGGAUUCAAACGACAAAUCGGGAAGCUGGACGAGCGUGCGCAUACUCGAGAAGACGAGCUCACCGCCACUUUGAAUAGACUGCAAGAGUUUUAUCAGUCGCAUGCGGACGUCAUGGAGAGUAUCGGUGAGGCGAACGAGCAGGUUAGGAGAUUCAAGCCCGUUGGUUCCGAGGUAGAUUCAAUCAAGGCCCAGCAGGAGGAUUUCAGGGCGCUCAAGGUGAACAAGAUCGAGCAGCUGGCGCACGCCGUUGAGGAAUGCAAUGCGCUCGGUCAGGGUCUCGUGCAGACCGCGGGACGAGAUGUCAACACCGGUAAUAUCGAGAAGGACGUCGAUAGAAUGAACGAAAGAUGGAACGAUCUGAAGGACAGGUUGAACGAGCGCGAUCGCAAAUUGGACGUCGGGCUACUGCAGUCGGGCAAGUUCCAAGAGGCCUUGGACGGCUUAGAGAAGUGGCUGACUGAUACGGAAGAGAUGGUCUCGAAUCAGAAACCACCGUCCUCCGACUACAAGGUCGUGAAGGCGCAGCUGCAGGAGCAGAAGUUCCUGAAGAAGAUGCUGAUGGACCGUCAAAACUCGAUGUCGUCUCUCUACACCAUGGGACAGGAGGUAGCCGCGGACGCGGAGCCGAAGGAACGCAAGGCCAUCGAGAAGCAACUGAACAAUCUGGUGGGCCGUUUCGACAAUCUGACGGAGAGCGCCGCGGAGAGAAUGGACGCGCUCGAGCAGACGAUGGCAGUGGCGAAGCAGUUCCAGGAUAAAUUGGUGCCGCUCGCGAUCUGGCUGGACAAGACCGAGAAGAGGGUGAGGGACAUGGAGCUGGUGCCAACCGACGAGGAAAAGAUACAGCAGCGUGUCAGAGAACACGACAUGCUACACGAGGACAUUAUAUCCAAGACGCCGGACUUUAGCGAGCUCACAGAGAUAGCCAGCCAGCUGAUGUCGCUCGUGGGCGAGGACGAGGCAGCCGCAUUAGCCGACAAGCUUCAGGACGCGGCCGACAGAUACGCCGCCCUGGUCGAACGGUCGGACGCUCUCGGCGGCCUGCUGGAACGUUCGCGGCAGGGUCUCCGUCACUUGGUGCUCACGUACCAAGACCUGCAGGCAUGGAUGGAUAGCAUGGAGAUGCGAUUGUCCAAGUACCGCAUCCUGGCCGUGCACACGGAGAAGCUUUUGCAGCAGAUGGAGGACCUCGCGGACCUCACCGAGGAAGUCUCCACGCGGCAAACGGAGGUCGACAGCACCGUGGACUCCGGCCUGGAACUGAUGAAGCACAUCUCGAGCGACGAGGCGCUCCAGCUCAAGGACAAGCUGGAUUCGCUGCAACGACGGUUCAACGAUCUCGUCGCGCGCGGCUCCGAUCUCCUCAGGCACGCUCAGGAGUCCUUGCCCUUGGUGCAACAGUUCCACGACAAUCACAACCGGCUUAUGGAUUGGAUGCAGGGCGCGGAGUCCGCUCUGCAGUCCGCCGAGCCGCGCGAGGAGGAGAUCAUCCGCCUCGAGAUGGAGAUAUCCGAGUACAGACCCGUCCUGGACAAGAUCAACGCGGUGGGCCCUCAGCUAUGCCAGAUGUCGCCGGGAGAGGGCGCCGCGACCAUCGAGGGCCUCGUGACCAGGGACAACAGGCGGUUCGACGCGAUCGCCGAGCAAAUCCAGAGGAAGGCGGAAAGGAUUCAGCUUAGCAAGCAGCGCUCGUUGGAGGUGAUCGGUGAUAUCGACGAUCUGCUCGACUGGUUCCGCGAGGUCGACAACCAGCUGCGAGAGGCCGAGCCGCCCAGCAGCGAGCCCGAGAUCAUUAGGGUGCAGCUGAAGGAGCACAAGGCGCUCAACGACGACAUAUCCAGCCAGAAGGGUAGAGUCCGUGACGUCAUCUCGACGGCGAAGAAGGUGAUACGCGAGAGUGCUCAGCACGAGGACACGUCUACAAUCAGAGACAAGAUGGAGGACCUGCGCGAGACGAUGGAGAUAGUGUCCGGCCUGUCGACGGACAGGCUCGGGGCGCUGGAACAAGCGCUGCCGUUGGCCGAGCAUCUUCGCGACACCCACGCCGGCCUGGUCAGCUGGCUCGAGGAGGCCGAACAGCAGGUCGCUAUGCUACCCAUGCCCGCUCUGCGACCCGAUCUGAUAGCGGUGCAGCAGGACAAGAACGAGCUACUCAUACAGAGUAUCAACGAGCAUAAGCCUCUGGUGGAGAAGCUCAACAAGACCGGCGAGGCUCUCGUCAAGCUGUGCAACGAGGAGGAGAGUAUGAAGGUGCAGGACAUCCUGGAGAACGACAACGCUCGUUACGCGGCGCUGCGCGCCGAACUCAGGGCCCGGCAGCAGACGCUGGAGCAAGCGCUGCAGGAGUCGUCGCAGUUCUCGGACAAGCUCGAGGGUAUGUUGCGCGCGUUGUCCUCCACCGCCGACCAGGUGAACGGCGCCGAGCCCGUCAGCGCCCAUCCCGCGCGUCUGCGCGACCAAAUGGAGGAGAACGCGGCGCUGGCGGGCGACCUCGCCCAGAGAUCCGAGGCUUACGCGGCCGUGAGGAAAGCCGCGGACGACGUGAUCAGCAAGGCCGGCAACAGGGCCGAUCCGGCGGUGAAGGAUAUCAAGCGCAAGCUCGACAAACUCAAUAAAUUAUGGAGCGACGUGCAGAAGGCCACGACCGACCGCGGCCACACUCUGGACGACACCCUGACCGUCGCCGAGAAAUUCUGGGCCGAGCUGAACGGCGUGAUGGCCACUCUGAGGGAACUGCAGGACGCACUCGCUGGACAAGCGCCGCCGGCGGCACAGCCGGCUGCCAUUCAGCAGCAGCAAGUGGCGUUGCAGGAGAUCAGACAAGAGAUCGACCAGACUAAGCCGGACGUCGAGCAGGUACGAGCGUCCGGUCACGAGCUGAUGGGCCUGUGCGGCGAGCCGGACAAGCCCGAGGUACGCAAGCACAUCGAGGAUCUCGACCAGGCCUGGGACAACGUGACCGCGUUGUACGCCAGGCGCGAGGAGAAUCUCAUCGACGCUAUGGAGAAGGCGAUGGAGUUCCACGAGACGUUGCAGAAUCUGCUCGAGUUCCUGCGGGAGGCCGAGGACCGAUUCGCGGACAUGGGUCCGCUCGGCAGCGACAUCGAUGAGGUGAAGAAGCAGAUCAAACAGUUGGCGAACUUCAAGGCCGAAGUGGACCCGCACAUGGUGAAAGUCGAGGCGCUAAACAGGAGUCUGUCAAGGCAAGCGGCCGAAUUGACGGAGAGGACCUCGUCGGAGCAAGCGGCGGCCAUCAAGGAACCCCUGGGUGCGGUGAACAAACGAUGGGACGGAUUACUGAGGGGCCUCGUGGAGAGGCAGCGGCUGCUGGAGAACGCGUUGCUGCGUCUCGGCCAAUUCCAGCACGCCCUGGACGAGUUGCUGGUGUGGAUCGAGAAGACCGACAAGACCCUGGAUAAUCUGAAACCGGUGGCCGGCGACCCGCAAGUGAUCGAGGUCGAGUUAGCCAAACUGAAGGUGUUGGUGAACGACAUACAGGCGCAUCAGACGAGCGUCGACACUCUCAACGACGCCGGACGUCAACUGAUCGAGGACGGCAAGGGCACCGCGGAAGCCUCCACCACGGCCGACAAAUUGGGCACUCUGAAUCGCCGUUGGCGCGAUUUGCUGCAGCGCGCCGCCGAUCGUCAACGAGAACUCGAGGACGCUCUCCGAGAGGCGCAGUCCUUCACUGCCGAGAUACAGGACUUGCUGUCGUGGUUGGGUGACGUGGACAAUACGAUAGUCGCCUCCAAGCCCGUCGGUGGACUGCCCGAGACCGCGUCCGAACAACUGGAACGCUUCAUGGAGGUGUAUAACGAGCUGGAGCAAAAUCGUCCAAAGGUCGAGACGGUGUUGCAGCAAGGCCAGGAAUACCUGAAGAGAGCGGACACGAGUAGCGCCGGCGGGCUGAAUCACAAUCUGCGGACCUUGAAGCAGAAAUGGGACAAUGUGAUCUCACGCGCCAGCGACAAGAAGAUCAAGCUGGAGAUCGCCCUGAGGGAAGCCACCGAAUUCCACGACGCUUUACAGGCGUUUAUGACCUGGUUGACCAACGCCGAGAAGAUUCUGACGAACCUCAAGCCUGUCUCCAGGGUCAUGGAGACGAUACUUCAGCAGAUCGAGGAGCACAAGGCGUUUCAGAAAGAUGUCGGCGUUCAUCGGGAGACGAUGCUGAAUCUCGAUAAGAAGGGGACUCACCUCAAGUAUUUCUCCCAGAAGCAGGACGUGAUUCUCAUAAGGAACUUGCUCGUGAGCGUGCAGCACAGGUGGGAGCGAGUGGUCUCCAAGUCGGCCGAGAGAACGAGGGCUUUGGAUCACGGCUACAAGGAGGCCAGGGAGUUCCACGACACGUGGUCGGGCCUGAUGAACUGGCUGGACGAGACCGAGAGAACGCUGGACGAGGUCGCCGCCGACGGGAUCGGCGGCAACGAUCCGGACAAGAUCAAGUCGCGUCUCAACAAACAUCGUGAGAUACAGAAGGCGUUGAGCGGCAAACAGAGCACGUACGACAAUACCAUGAAGAACGGCAAAGCGCUCAAGGACAAGGCGCCGAAGAGCGACGAGCUCGCCUUGCGCGAGCUGUUGAACGAGUUGAAGAACAAGUGGACCACGGUCUGCGGCAAAUGCGUGGACAGGCAGAGGAAGCUGGAGGAGGCGUUGCUCUUCUCCGGACAGUUCAAGGACGCGAUUCAAGCGUUGCUCGAGUGGCUGAGCAAAACGGAGAGGUACUUGGCCAACACCGGACCGCUCUAUGGCGAUUUGGACACGGUGACCAAUCUGGUGGAGCAACACAGGACCUUCGAAAAGGAUCUGGAGUCUCGUGCCUCGCAAAUGGAAUCUGUCAUCAAGACCGGUCGUGAGCUGGAGUCCAAGGCCAGCAUCGAGGACGCGUCGAUGAUUAGAUCGCAGCUGUCCGAAUUGAAUAGCCUCUGGGACAGAGUGACCAAUCUCUCGUCGAAAAAAUCCUCGUUACUGGAGGAAGCUCUCAGGGAAGCCGAGCGACUUCACAAAGCUGUGCAUGUGUUGCUAGAGUGGCUGAGCGACGCGGAGAUGAAGCUGCGAUUUGCCGGGCCUUUGCCGGAGGACGAGCAGGAGAGCAGGAACCAGCUGAUGGAGCAUUCGCGAUUCUUGCGCGAGUUGCAGGCUAAGGAGAUCGAGAAGGACAACACGCUGGAGCUGGCGCACAUCAUUCUCGGGAAGGCGCAUCCCGAUGGUGCUGCCGUUAUCAAGCACUGGAUCACGAUUAUCCAGUCCAGAUGGGAGGAAGUGGCUACGUGGGCCUAUCAGAGGAACCAAAGACUAGAGAAUCACAUGCAGGGACUACAGGAUCUUGACAACCUUCUCGAGGAACUGUUGGCUUGGCUCGAAGGUUUGGAGAACACUUUGAAUGCCUUGGAAGCGGAACCCUUGCCCGACGACCGGGCUACACUCGAGAUGCUCAUUGCCGAUCACAGAGAGUUUAUGGAGAAUACCAGUCGAAGACAGAACGAGGUUGAUCGCGUGUGCAAGGCCCGACAGAUCAAGCCGAUAAAGGACGCGAGGAAAAUAUCGAAAGUUAAAUCGCCAGCGCCCAUUAAGGAUCAUCAUCAGGAUAGCGAGCACGAGCAGCCUCAACCUCGUAAACAAAGCCGAGGCAGCCCAGGUCGUGACAGAACUCCAGAUCUCUCAUUGCCGCACAUCGGUCCACGCUUCCCACCCAAAGGAAGCAAAGGAGCCGAGCCGGAAUUCCGUAGUCCGAGAGUCAAACUGCUCUGGGACAAGUGGCGUCACGUUUGGAUGCUGGCGUGGGAACGUCAACGCCGGCUGCAGGACAAGUAUAAUUACAUUCAAGAACUGGAUCGUGUCGCCAACUUCAGUUGGGAAGACUGGCGCAAACGGUUCCUGAAGUUUAUGAACCACAAGAAAUCCAGGCUGACCGAUCUGUUCCGGAAGAUGGACAAGAAUAAUGACGGCCUGAUACCGAGGGAGGACUUUAUUCAAGGAAUUAUGAACACCAAAUUCGAGACUUCGCGUCUGGAGAUGGGCGCUGUCGCCGAUCUCUUCGAUCGUCACGGGGAGGGUCUCAUAGACUGGAAAGAGUUCAUCGCGGCACUGCGGCCCGAUUGGGAAGAACGACGAACGUACAACGACACGGACAAGAUACACGACGAGGUCAAGCGGCUGGUCAUGCUGUGCACCUGUCGCCAAAAGUUCCGAGUUUUUCAAGUUGGCGAAGGAAAGUACAGGUUCGGUGACAGUCAGAAGCUGCGAUUGGUUCGAAUUCUGCGCUCCACCGUAAUGGUACGCGUUGGUGGAGGAUGGGUAGCGUUAGACGAAUUCUUACUGAAGAACGACCCUUGUCGCGUUUUUCUAAUGCCGAUACCGGAUCCUAACAAACCGGAACAACACGAGGGUUGGUGUCCGCUCGCCAAGGGAAGAACAAAUAUCGAGCUGCGGGAGCAAUUCAUAUUGGCGGAUGGUGUUAGCCAGACUAUGACGGCCUUCCGGUCCAAGCCGAGCCCGACCUCGACGUUGCAGCGUACGCAAAUAUCUUCCACCAAUGCUGGACCAAUCACCAAGGUAAGAAAGUCACUGUCGUGCAACUCGCCGACCAAAGUGAACGCGAGAGCCGCAAAUCACAAAUUCGCGUUCACAAUCUGUCGAUUGUGCGCGGCUGACUGUUUCUUAUGUUGUAAGGCUCUACUCGAGCCGCACUUUUUGGGAUGUUUCGUGAGCCUCGCGUCGAAUCUCGACCGUGUACUUCACGGUUUUCGUGAAUCGCGUGAAUCCCAACUUUCUAAAUUUUUCCAAAGUGAGAUGUCGCUCGAGAAUUAGAGUGACCAUCGAGUCAGUCGAAUUCGAGUGACUCCUCACUCACAUAGAAAUAGAAUGAAUUUCACUUCACUCUGAAUCGUCGAGUGAAUAGUUUCGCUCAAAAUUGAAGAAUUCAUGAAAUCUGGUUUCCUCCAUCGUCACAUAAGAAAAUUUUUGCUUUAAUCGAGUGAAACACGUGCUCAUAAGCAGUCGGGGGGUGCUCAUAAGCAGUUUGAGCUUGAGUGGGAUAUUUAUUCUUGCAAUGUCGUGAGUGGCGGUAUUUUCACUGCCGCCUCGAACGAAAAUACCGCUCCACUCUUCGUUUAUUUUGAGUGAAAUUCCACUGCAAGAAACUGAGAGGGUAAGAAUCGGCGUAAAUGUCUCUCGAAACGUCCCGUAUGUAAAUCAGCUGGCACGUACGGUACUCUUUUCUCUCGCGGAAUUUUUUCUUUCUCUGCCGUUAAUUAGCGAACCGUUAACCGAUGAAUCCUAGACUACUCGCAUCAGUCGGACACCGGUUGAGUCGUAGUGUAUCAGAGAUCUCAAGUGUUGUUGUUGUUAUUAUUAUUAUUGUGUGGAAAGUCGCAAUAGGAAAGUUAAAUUGCACGUUAAAUGUUUAACCGGACUACCGCUCGCCCCAUCGACGUCAUCGUCGACAAUGAUAUGCGUAAGUAUACGAACACACUCUUCCAAAAUUCGUCAGCCUGGUCGUUUGAUGAUUUUUUCGCAUGAGCAUGACAGUUUCGCAGGCAGUUGCGUUGUUUGUGUUGGAUACGUAGGCAGCUAGAUAACGUAGAUAAUGCUUGUCUAUUCUCAUCAUCAGUCGAUCGCUCGUGCCUAAGAAUCGCGUUUCGACCAUCGGCGGGGUACACGAUUCGCGUGUAAAUUACAUUCAAAUUCGGACAAUCGUGUCCGUGGCCCGAGUUCUUCAUCCAUAACCUCAGGAGAUGCGAUAUCGUAGAUGUUUUUCACUCACUUUGCUCGCAAAUUCCUCUUCUCUUUUUGUUACUUUGCAACGGCGAGAACAUUUUUACCACCUUCCUACCUCCAUUAUCGUCAUUAUCUAUCCUCAGGAAAUCUCAGAGAAAUUGUAACGACGAAAUUGCCGCACCAGAUCGCGGAAGUACAUUUUCAGACGAACUUGCGAAACGACCGGCGGUUUAUUUUAGCAUAGAGACAAUAAAAGGAACGAGGCUGCUCUUUCGGAGAUAUCUUUCGCUCGCUUCGAGAAAGCGAGUUUCUUCCGAUAAAGCCGAUGGAUCGCGCGAGGAAGCUAAAGAUUUUCGUUUGUG